AUGGCCCCGCGCGGCCACCACCGCGGCCGGAACGACGUCGUCUGCAGCAUGAAGAUGAGCGUCAUGAACGUCUUUCUUGGAUGCAUUGUGUGCGUCCUGCUCUUCUCGAUGAUGACCCUCUCGUCAAGCGUCGCCUCGGUCACGACAUCGGCCGACGCCCGGGCGUCGCUGCGCAAGCAAGACAUCACACCCGCGCCGCUCGUGCAGCAUGAGAGCCUUGACCACGUACCCACCGCCGCGCCGGCGACGCCCGAGCCCCGCGUGACGAUGCAGCCGACGACCGCAGUCCCGACACCAACGACGGCGCCUCCAACAACGGCACCAACGACAACGGCGGCUGCAACGACAUCUUUGCCAACAACCACGUCUGCACCGACUACUCCGUUGGCUCCUAUCACUGACGCUCCGUCUGCUGCGGCGACGACAUCGCCUGUCAACGCGAUCCCGGCGCCAGUGGUCCAUGGUAACACGGACGUGGAUGCGCUGCCGAUCAAGAAAGCGUCUGGCGUGACAACCGAAGUUGUUCCCGUCAACUCCGAGCCCGUGCAUGUUGCCGCCCCCGUCGUGGUCGACAGCUCUAACGACGCAACGACGCUGACACCGGAGCGGCUCGCGCUCCACAGCCGUGUCAACGACUCUGCGUCGCGUCAAGUGACUGUCGCCUCGUUCAAAGAUUCCAAGCGAUUUCUCAAGACGUACAACUCGUCCGACCCGCUCUUCGUCUUCUUCACCUGCGCGCACGACCCUGCAACCAACGCCACAUGGCAAGGCGGCUGCAACGACGCCGAGGCAACUGUGGCAGCUGCGUUUGCCCGCGCGCCGCCUUCCGCUCGCCUUCUCACCGUCGUCGUGCAAAGCGACUCUGAGUUUCAGUCCAUGUACCGCUUUGACGACGAUCUGCGCUUAUUGGAACUUCCGACGCUCUUCCAGUACACGCGGCUGCCGAAUGGCCACGGCAAGACGACCGCAGGUCUGUACCAAGCCGCCAUGAAGAACCCGGAGCUCCUCGAUUACGUCUUCCACGGGGAGAGCGCACCGGGCGUCACCAAGAAGGACAUUCGCAUCUACAGUGAGUAUGCGCCGCUCAAGAAAUUCCUUCGCGACUUUGAAGACGACUUUCCGCUCUACCUGCUCUUUGUGUCGGGGCGGCUGCCGACGAACGACCGGCCCUGGUGCCCGUACUGUCGGUUCCGCGAGACUGCGUUCGAGUUCGCGUACCACAAGUUUGCCGCGUCCAACGCAGUCGUGGUCAAGGUCGAAGUCUCGGCCGACUACACAGCGUGGAAGGACCCGAACAACGAGUUCAAGAAGCCGUUUGACGUGCACUCGGUGCCCGCGCUUCGCGUUGUGCACCGCGAUCUCUUUGAGAAGCUCGUUUACCACGGCUUUUACGGCAGCGUCGAUGAUGUGGUGAUGCUGCAGCAGCUCUUUGAGCGUGACGCAUCGUUCGUCACGACGCGGCCCGUGGCCAACAAGGCUAAAUAAGACGCGUCGUGUUGAUACUUAGAA